AUGUCCCCGGACAGAAGGUCGAAUAGGGACCUGGAGAUGGAAGAGUACGGGGGAGAAUCUGCGUGGACGGACGCCACGUCCUACGCGACAUUCGCAAACGAGGGCGCGAACCAAGGCGCCCGCACAACAUCCAUUAGUAAAGAGCCGCAGCCAUCAACAUCAUAUGCUGCGGCCAUAAUCAAACCACCAUCUCCUAACUCUCAAAGGAGAACAAGUUUGCCAAAAGUAGCAACACCGGCCAAAGAAAUGUCCACACAGGGAGGCACUAGAAAGGGCUACCCUCCAAUAAUGAACAAAACACUU